AUGAGCAUUUCACAAGAUUUUGACGAAACAACAUCGCUUUUAAGCAAAAAAUGGACAAUACAAGAAGAAACAACAACAACUUUGGUGACUGAUUCAGAAUCUUUGGAAGAACUCGAGACACCGCACCCAAACCGUUGGAGUAUUAUUCCCUCGUUAUGGUGUGGAGCAUUUCUUGCUGCCCUGGACUCUACUGUUGUUGCAUCAACUUAUGCUAUUAUGGGAUCAGACCUUGGUGAUUCUUCAAAAGCUUCAUGGAUCGCAACUUCAUAUAUGCUGUCAUCCACAGCAUUACAACCAUUGUAUGGUGGUCUUAGUGAUAUUUUUGGUAGAAAAAAUGCUUUAUAUGUGCAAAUACAUUGUUCUUAA